AUGCCGGGGCAGCCAGGGACCGUGCCGGGAGCUCCAGUGCCACAGACACCGGCGCUGCCCGUCCGGCCGGUUCCUUCCCCAGCGCCCAAGGAGGCGCAGCCACCAAGACAAAUUGUGUCGACCGCAUCGUACCCAAACGAAGCCGCCGACUAUUUUGGUGAGCUGUUCGCUCAUCGCCUGCGAUGGGCACAUGCUGUCAACAGUCAGCGGAUGCUGAGCACCGCAUUAGUUUCCAAUUCCCACUUCCUGGAGGCCGACGUGUCUGCAGGACCCCUCGUCGAACAGAAGCCGCUGAACGGUGGCUCCGGUGGCUCGAGCUCCAGGGUAUCUGUUACCGAGACUUCGGUGCAGACCUCUGCAGGUCUGCCGGUCAUCAUGGCCCACUAUCCCACGCAGCGCUCGAGCGACCUCUGUUUCGAGCUUUUCAUCGGGGCUGUGUUGAAGCACAAUGCUCAGAUUGAUGGUGAGCUGGAUGACGAGCCGGCCGAGGCAUGCGGCACCGAAGCUGUUGAAGAGGUCCCAGAGGAUCCCGCCAAGGAGCAGGGCUCCCAGGAGGCACAGGCACAGCGACCACAGCGCUCACCAUUUUCGGAGCCCGUUCUGCACGACCACUUGCUCGAGGAAGGGCCGGAACGCAGCUCUAGCACCACAGCCCUGGAUCAGCCGGUAUCCUCGUUGGUCCGACAUGGAACGACUGCGGGCCAGGAGGCCGCUGCCUUCGCGGUAGAUUUACAUCGGGAGCUUGAGAACUUAGACCACAAUCAGAUGAUGAUGGCGUGCAUCGGUGCCCGAAGAGGUGGGAGCCGGAUCGUGCGGCACACCUCCAAAAAGGGGGUGAAGUUGGACUUCAAGGUCUUUGAGUGUGUGGAGCCGGCUCUGAGGCAUCUGCAGAGAAUCGAUGCCGCAAGAAAGCUGGGGGGUCACUUGUGGCUCAAUGCCGACGUCUUCGCUGGGCCUGGGUACCCGGAGCGCUUUCUGUCACCGAUCGAUGCAAGGAGAUUUGUGCAACUUUGUGCAGAGCUCGUGCCCGAUGCGGUCCUCUCUUUGAGCUGGGGGAGCUCGAUCCUUUCCGCCAGUAGGCAUUACACCAUGGACAUGGUGAACAGGAUGAUCGAGUUGUGCAUGUCGCCCAUCGUCCCGCGCUCCAUGCUCUCCCCGACUUCGAGAGCCAACGAGGACCCAGGUGUCGCGCAGAAAUCUGACGCGGAGGAUACAGAUGCGCAGCCGAGCGUGCAAGCAGAAGAGCAGGAGGGCAAAGGCUCGCUGGAUGGCUUGGAUGAAGAGAUUUAUUGCCUCACGCCAGCAGCCAGCUGCCAGCACAUCACCUUUGCUGUUGCGGCUGAGUAUGCGCUGUACUCGUCUCCGAACCUCUUGAAGCUCUUGGACGCUGUUCCUGGCUCAUCCUUGACAAUCUUCUCCGGCAUGGGCUCUUUAGGCAUCCCUCCGCGGACAAUCCAGGACCUUCUCACGACCUACGGCAUCACAAGGUGUUUUCUCGACCUGAGAGUCACAAAGCCCUGCCGCACCUGCUCCCAGGGUGGGGUGUGCAGCGUGCAGUGA